UAAACUCUUAUCUUGUCGUUUAUUUUUAAAUUCUCAAUCAUCACUGAUUUAGAUGCUUCCAAACCGACAGACUUUAUGCGAGUGUGCCAACAGUGAAAAUAAAGGAGGAGGAGGAGGAGAAUAAAGAAGAGGCCAAAGCUAGAAAGUAAAACAAAGAAAGACCUCCUGCAGACACAUUUCACAUGCUAAAAUGCUGAAAUGUUUUCACCAUCAAGCCUUCCAUUGUGAGUUUAUCAAUGUCAUCCAUCCCAUCAAUGCCAUCAAUGCCCUUUUUCUUUUUCCCUGAAUGAAAAAUAUGCGCAUCCAACGCCAAAAAAAAAACUGUACUACUUACCUUUUGAGAUAACCAGUGCACACAGUCACAACGAGCUCCAAGUUACCGUAGCGUGGUGGACAGCAAGUGGUCAACAUAGAGAAGACGCGUUCGUUGACAUUCCAUAAACAAGAAUCAGAUCCAAUAUAAAAUCCUCAUUGUGCCAGAGAUUUGCUUCAUCGAUGCUUAUAAUAAGCGUCUCAGAAGUACCUGAAGUGAUCAUCAUAUUCUUUUUUUUGUUUUUCUCAGUUUGCCAAACGCACCCCGCUUCCAUGAAUAAAGUAGUCAAUGGGUGCCGUUUUCAUCAUCGCUUUACCUUUCUUCGAAAAAGAACACCACAAUUAAACACUAUACGCGAAUACAUACAUGUUACCUUGUGGCUAUUUUCGAGGCAAAAAAGGCAGCUCAACCUAAGAUCAAUUGGUGAUGAAUAAUUC